GGAGCCGAGCCGAGCCGGCAGCGGCGCUUGCUGUAGCCCCCGGGCGUGUGAUCCCAGCGCGCGCGGCUCGGGCAGCCGGCGCGGAGCUGCCGCCUGGGCUCCCGGCGCGGUAUCAGCGGUCCGGGGACAGCCUCGGCCAGCAGCCAGUCCGGCCGGGGACAGGGGCUUUGUUACUCCGCGUGUAGCAGCCGCCUCAGCCCACUGCCCAGCCGGUUCUCCUCGCAGCGGCAGCUAGGGGCCGCCGCGCCUUUGUCUCCUGUCCCCCGGUCUCUGCAGCCUCCUGCCCGGCAAGCUCACCAAGAGCCACCCCCAGGACUGCGCUUCCUCCGCUCUCCGGCUCCAGCAGCUGGCAGCACCUUCCUCUUCCCACGGCAGGGGGGCUGGAGCCCUGGCCGCCUGCCCCUGGUGCAUUGUGACCCCUCCUGAGCUCAGCAGCCCCCACCCGGAGCAGGCAGGAGCUUGGACUGAAAGCGGAGAUGGCAUUUGAGGCGGGUAUCCUGAACUGCCCCUGGGCCGGCUCGCUCCUGGAACCAACAAAGCCUAGCGGUCUGAUUGCCUUAUUUUGUGGCCAUUUGCUUUUGUUUGGGUCUAAUGGUCUUAUUGUCUAGCGUAGCUGCAGUUUCUCCGGUGUCUGGCAGGCAGCGUCUCUAGCGGGUUAAGCUUUGAGGUGCUAUGAGCCUGUGGACAGUCAGCUGUGCUCUGCCCCUGCCCCGUAGCUCUGCCUGGGUGUAAUACUUCAUCGAUCUGCUGCUACUGAUUGUAACCGGCAAUCUCCUGCUAGGUCAGUGGAGCCUGUCUUUUUUUAUUUUUGGUGGCCUGAUCUGAAUAUAUAGCCCCUGCCGUUUUAUAACUGGACCUUUUCAUUGUUCUGCGCCUGUCCAGUUCUGCCUGCUUGAUCAAGGGUGACUUCUUUUUUUUUUUUUUUUUUUAAGCCUAAUCUAAGGUACGUCUCCAGGCCACUUCGCUUGCUUCACCGGGGCCCUGCCUUGACUCUUCCUUCUGGUUUGACCUGAGGAAACAACCUCCUGUUGGGUAAAAUAUACCUUGAUAUUGCACUGUUCUUCUGUGAAUGAGCCACACCCUUUUUUCCUUAAAGGGCCUCUGCACUCAGCCUGCCAUAUGCUGCUCUUUCUCUGGCAGGCUGAGGGGGGUGGUGGGCAUAGUGUUGUAAGCCACCAAUUUCCGAAGUGCAGACUGGGAUGCCGGGGGGGAAAACGGGGGGUAGUGGCGCUGCUGCCACCAAGCGCUGUGAGACCAGCAAAGAGGCAACUCAGAGAGAGGAGGAGCAGGAAGAUGAUGGUGAUGAAGAUCUGCGAGACGGUGGAGUUCCUUUCUUUGUGAACCGAGGAGGGCUACCCAUUGAUGAGCCCACUUGGGAGAGAAUGUGGAGACACGUGGCCAAGAUCCACCCUGAGGGAGAAAUGGUGGCUCAAAGGAUUCGAGGAGCCACAGACCUACCCAAGAUUCCCACACCGAGUGUGCCUGCGCUCCAGCCGUCCACCCCCAUCCCUGAGCGUCUGGAAGCCAUACAGCGCUACAUCAAGGAGCUUCAGUACAAUCAUACUGGGACGCAGUUCUUUGAAAUUAAGAAGAGCAGACCUCUGACCGGGCUGAUGGACCUGGCCAAAGAAAUGACCAAAGAGGCCCUGCCAAUCAAAUGCCUGGAAGCUGUGAUCCUGGGAAUUUACCUCACCAACAACAUGCCCACACUGGAGCGUUUCCCCAUCAGCUUCAAAACUCACUUCUCAGGGAACUACUUCCGCCACAUUGUGCUGGGGGUGAACUUUGGGGGUCGCUAUGGGGCACUGGGCAUCAGCCGGCGUGAGGAGCUCAUGUACAAGGCGCCCACCUUCCGCACACUGAGCGAGCUGAUCUUCAACUACGAGGAGGCAUACCACCGCUGCUGGCACGUCCUCAAAAAGGUGAAGCUGGGCCAUUGUGUGUCCCAUGACCCACACAGUGUGGAGCAGAUUGAGUGGAAGCACUCCAUUCUGGAUGUGGAAAAGCUGGGCCGUGAGGACUUCCGCAAGGAGCUUGAGAGACAUGCCCGGGACAUGAGGCUAAAGAUUGGCAAAGGAACAGGGCCACCAUCUCCCACAAAGGAUAGGAAGAAAGAUGUGUCCUCCCCACAGCGGGGCCAGUCCAGUCCACAGCGCCGCAACAGCCGUGGGGAGAGGCGGCUGUCUGGUGAGAAGAAGCCUGCCGAAUCCAAAGCCAUGCCAGACCUCAAUGGGUAUCAAAUCCGGGUAUGAAGAGAGGCACACCUGGUGUGCCUGGCUCCAUCAACUCUUCACUGGCCACACUUGAGACCAGGAUCCACUUGUAGCAAGCUCAACAUGGGGAAGGGGAGGGCUGAUCUUCCAAGGUACUUCUAUCAAGCCUAUCCCAGAGCUGUAUCCUGGGGAUCAGACAAGUCACCUGCCUGUCUUCUCGGGAAGAGCACUUUUUAAUUCAACAAAACACGUUUUUAAGAGAACAGAACUGCCAGUUGAUGGGAAGGUGCUGCAGGGUGCUUGGGAAGGCUCCUGUUGUGACGUGGUGAGGGGUUGAGCGAGUGAGGCCAAGCAGAGCUCAUGCUUUGCAUGGAAUCCUUUGGGCUGACAAAGACGACAGAUGGGGCAUUUUAUCCACAGUGCCUCUUCUAUGCUGAAGGUCUUAAGCCAGCACAAAGCCCCUGGGCUUGAAGGAGGGGAAGGUCUUGGAAUGGAAAGGCCCCUGCCUCUGGUAGAGGAAGGAUUUUUGGUUUUGUAACUUCUGUGUAUUUUGCUACUGUCGCUCUUGUUGGGGAGGGAGGGAGUGAAAUGCACAAUCACCUUCCCCAUCCCCUGUGCCUGCAGGGAAGAAGAAUAAGCCCUGAAAUAAUUAAUACUUGCCUCACUAAUGAAAAUGCAACCUGUCAGUGGAGUUGAGGGCCUCAUAUGCAGUGAAUCCACCACUCUAACAUUCUGUCUGGUCUGCAGGGUAUCCCACUAUGGCUCAUUGACUCUAUGGGGGAUGAGUAUGUGUCUCCUUUCCUGUGAGGUGCUGUGGAUGCUUCCCUUCAUGGCAGGCUGUUCAGGAAAUGCCCAGGCUGUCGUAAUGUGGAAACAGGCAGCUGGACAGCUCCAUCUGUGGGGAUGGGUGCUUAGCUAGUACGAUAGUUGGAAACUCUGCCUCCCCUACUUCCGUCUCAGUGGCGGUCACUGGAAGCUGUGGGAAAAGCUUUGGCCACUGAGAUGCAAACUCCACCAGGAAGCAAGUGACUCUGCACAUGAGUAGCCUUCACAAGCAUCUUUCUCUUCAGAAAGGAAAGAACUUCAAUUUUUCCUUGCUGGGUUGUAGCGUUAGUCUCGUGGCCGGGGGCGGGGGCCUUCCUUCCUUCCCAUCCUGGCCACUUGCUUAACCCUGGAAUGUUCAAGUCACUACCACAUCCAAUUCCCACUUUAGCUCUUGUGUGUAUGAAGCUACUAUUCUGACGCCUUGCGCUUCCCCAUUAUAGAGUCUGGCUCCAUCUCACCCUUUGAGGAAGGGCUACUUUUCCUGGAUGCUCAGAGCCACAGUGGAAUUUUGGGAACCAGCCUUAAAACAGAAGGGUACAAGCUCCUGUGCAGUGCUCUGCUCGAGGGGUCAGUGUGCUGGCAAAUCCUUAAGCAAAAUAAGAUGGUGUUUUGUGGUCAUGUUGCCCUGUUCGCCCCCACUCCUUGUCCACAUCCGCAGCUGGCCAAUGCCUGCUGGAGUGCCUCUAAAAGUGAGGCCUACUGCCUCUAGGAACACGCAGGGCACCGCCACAGCAAAUCCCAUGUGGUACCCCUGAGGCUGUUUUCAGGAAAUAAAUGCUAUUGCAGGUAGAGUGGGGAAAUGUUUCUCAGAUUGAAAUCAGGUGGCGUGCUGCACUGUUGCUGUAGGGUAAUAACUCCCAACCCUUUCAUGCAUUGGUCUACCACUCCAUGCUUCCUUCCCUUCAUCUGUAGAGGUUUUGGAGCAACCCAUGCGCAGGCUGGGCAAGAGGGGCAGAAAUAGAUGAGUUGUGCUGCCAUACCGAGUCCAACCCAGAGGCUCAUGCCCAAGUUAAACCUAGGGUAACAGCCCAAUCAAGAUUGAAAUGUCUUUGGGGAAUCACUGUUCCAGGGUAUCCCAUUUCUCCAAACUGUUCAGUCUGGCCCAUUUUGAUUGCAGAGGUCUGUCUGUCCUAGGAGCAGGGAGCAUAGCUGUGUGCCUGUCCUCCUCCGGUUUGUUUGACACAGUGUACUUAACACUAAUUAUGUUAAUGAUUACCAUUCUCCAGCAAGCCCUCCACCUGACUAAAGCCUUGGCAGCCCACAAAUUUCCAUUCAAAGGAGAGGCACAGCUAAGCGGUCCACAUGCUGCAUGUCAGAACUGAGGAGCAUUGGUAGAUAUGCGUGUGGGGCCCAAAACUUGGCAUACCAGGGGUACUGCAGCUCAUGGCUGAGUUGAUUCAGAGAGGGAGGUGGGAAGCAAGGGGUGAGUGGGUCAAGCCUGAGGCAUGUUGACAUAGAUAGGGGCUCCAGCUCUUGCUAUUUUGUGUGGAGCGUGGCAGGUGCUUAACUCAUUUCCUCAAGAAAUGACUUGGGGCCUAAGCUGUCUGACUCCAGGCGGCUGGUUCCCAUUUGUGGAUCACUAAGCAGAGCUGGGUACCGAUCUCUGAGAGAGAUGAGGCUAACCACACACCUCUAGCUUAAGUGGCUCCCAGUCUAGCAUGUUGGCUCUUGUGGAUUGCAUUCUGGGGCCCCUGUUUCUCCCCAUUCAUUGUAUAGGAGCCUAGGUGCCUAACUUGGCUUUGUAUAUCACAGUGGUAUACCUGUGGUUUUUUUUUUUUUUUUUUUUUUAAGAUGCCUAAAAGUUAGGCACUGUGACACUCAGAGUAGGAAGUCCCUUCAUGGAUCCCACCGUUGAUUCUCUGUAGAUGGAUAGGAGAAGAAUGAGAGAAUUGUGCAGUUCAGAAGUCGGCUGCAUGCUAAUGAUUCUUUUGCAGAAGCAGGGCAAGGGCAAGCUCAGUGACACUAAAAGAUCAUCAGUACAGAAUGGAUGAAACAAAAUGUUUUGUGCCACCCUGUAAUUCAAGCUAUGUGGCUUGUUCAUGUAGAUUGUAACUGAAGCCAGUAGUACAGAAAAUUAAGUAUACAUUUUAAAAAAUGAGUGGCAGGUAGAUAUUUUUCAAGGUCUCUUACUCCUCAUCCUUCAGUGUAUUCACCAGCUGGUGCCAGACAUGAAUAUCUUCUUUCAAGGUGUAGCUGCAUAAUUAAAUGCAUUAGGAGUGUUUAAAUUCUUCUGAAGCAUCUGUUGCUGUCCACUUUUCAACACUGAUAAAAGAGUAGAUGUUGCAUUGGUUUGUUCCUAUGCAGAUCCACAGUGCAUAUGGUCUAAAUACUUUGACAGCUGUGCUCCUUGUAUCUCAGCAGUAAUUGCCCCCCUUCCUUAUUCCUCUAGUAAGUGAUAGGUGCCAUCAGCAGCUUCCUGCAUGUGGCAAUAGCUGCUAUUCUAAGGCUGGGCCAUUGGGGACAAACCCCCAGGCUGAACGGAAAAAUAUCCUAUACCAGUUACAAAAAUCCCGUGUUAAAUUCCGCAUCCCUAGUCCUCUCCUGGGAACAGUGAUAGGAGAAGAGAGAGAAUACUAUCUACACACGUUCCCCAAAGGACUGUUCUGCAAGACAGAGGUGCCUUUACUGGGUGCAGCAGUGUACCAGUUUGUGGUGGUCUCCUGGAUGGUCCAAGCCACAAAAGCUGGAAUCAUACCGCAGAUCAUAGAGGAUCACAGCAGGAGUCAAGCCCCUCCCUUGGAAAAGGGUGAGUGAACUCAUCAGACUGUGGCUGUAUCUUCCAUAAGCCAGUUCAGGGGAGUAACCCUAGUUGAGGACUACUUGAGGCCUCUUGCACUGUUGUUCUGGUGCUGCCUGCGUGUUGGAUUUGGAACCACCACUUCUUAGUGCUCCUAUAUCUCUACUCUGGGGUAGUGCCAGGAGAUUGGUAAUGACCUGAUCAUUUUUUUCCCCUCCACUUUUUUGCUCUUGCUCUUUCUCUCCACUCUGUAAUGGUGAAUAUAGCAAGACAGGAGCCCCUCUAUUCGACAUUGGUGAGGCCUCAUCUGGAGUACUGUGUCCAGUUUUGGGCCCCACACUACAAGAAGGAUGUGGAUAAAUUGGAGAGAGUCCAGCGAAGGGCAACAAAAAUGAUUAGGGGUCUGGAACACAUGAGUUAUGAGGAGAGGCUGAGGGAGCUGGGAUUGUUUAGCCUGCAGAAGAGAAGAAUGAGGGGGGAUUUGAUAGCUGCUUUCAACUGCCUGAAAGGGGGUUCCAAAGAGGAUGGCUCUAGACUGUUCUCAGUGGUAGCAGAUGACAGAACGAGGAGUAAUGGUCUCAAGUUGCAGUGGGGGAGGUUUAGAUUGGAUAUUAGGAAAAGCUUUUUCACUAAGAGGGUGGUGAAACACUGGAAUGCGUUACCUAGGGAGGUGGUAGAAUCUCCUUCCUUAGAGGUUUUUAAGGUCAGGCUUGACAAAGCCCUGGCUGGGAUGAUUUAACUGGGAAUUGGUCCUGCUUCGAGCAGGGGGUUGGACUAGAUGACCUUCUGGGGUCCCUUCCAACCCUGAUAUUCUAUGAUUCUAGUUCAGAAUAAAUCCCACCUUCCCUGCCACCUCAGAGUCCACUGUAGCCGAGAGCAGGACAUAGUUUUUGCCCCAGGAAGCAAUCGGUGCAGUCCAGCCAUGAGAAACCCUGGGCAUAUAGCUUAAUAACCUUAAUUCACCAGUUAAGUAGUAAUGCUGUCUUUCUCUCCUCUGCCCAUGCUGCUCGCCCUGGUCUGUUUCCUCCAGCCCCAAGAGUAGUAGCCUGACUGUUAGACCGAAAGAUGGGACUGUGUUGUAGCUUAAGGGUAAUGUUGGUCCUUUCACUGUAUCCCAAACCUCUGUAAGAAAGUGAGUUUAAAGUUGUUAGGAAUGAAUGAAGGCAAUGGGCCUGGAUCAAUCGAUAAUCCGUAAUGUUUCCAGAGUAAAACAUGAACCAAGUGGAGUCCAGGGCAGAGGAUUUUGUCUAGUAUUAGCUUGGAGUCCUUUUAAUAAGGUCUUAUAAAAACAUCACCAGUGAUGUUUUUAUUAUGUGUUUAAAUCCCACUUUUUCAGGCUCUCCUCCUUAUAUACUCCCUAGUCCAUGCAAGUCUGAAACCUGGGGGGAGGAAGUUCCUCCAUACAUGAGCCAGACCAUACCUGCAUUGUAUAUGUCAGGUGUGACCAAAUUGUGGCUUGUGGCGCCCUCCAUGCCCCCACCCCCGUUCUCCACCUACUAGCCUUCUGCCCUGUGAGGAGGAUGGUCUCAGGGCUUCAGCGCCGCAGGAGGCGCUGUCCUGUAGGGCAGGGUGUGCUUGUCUUGCGGCUCUUGAACUUCUGAAGAUUAUCUUAUGUGGCUUGGAGGGUUAGUAAGUUUGGCCAUCCCGCUAUAUGUGGUUAACCAGGGCUACAGAGAGAGGGCCUUUACUGAAUUCCUGUUAGCAAGACCAUUUUCAAAUAUGAAUGCUGGGUUCAAAACACAGUUCUUCCUAACACUUCUGUGGUGCUGGUGUAGACACGGCCUCUUGUUCCACACCCUUCAGCAAUUUAAUUCUACAACUGUCUUAAAAUAAAUGAGGCAAUGAACAGAGACCAAGGGGUUCUGCCCUGGGGUACUCUGGCAUGGUACAAAUAUACCAGGCUGACUGCUGAAAAGUGGGCUCAGGUCUCCAUCAGCAUCUGUGCAAUAGUCUAGGCUUGUGAGACUCCAGUGUUGCUCUGAAACCACUCUGCAGUGGCUUACUGCAUUUCAUGGUAUGCCACGGCUGGGGGAUGUGUAAUGCUUUGUAUUUAGGUGUGAUUAUCCUACCCCUUGUGACACCCAGUUCAUAUGUACUGCACAUCUCUCUAGUGUACUCUAUACCUUGACAGUUACAGUAGAUGACUCCAGAGCCUUGUCUUGGAUGUAGUUUGUGUGUAGCAGGAGAGGUAAGUUAUUUGCCCAGUAGCAGAAAAAGGAGUUAUUUGCUUUGUUGCUGUUACCAGAGCUGCUUUAUGUGAAGAAUGUUGCCAUGGUAUUGCAGCUAAAACCCUGAACCAGACUCUGACCCCAUAAGUCACCUGAAAGGCUGGUUCACAUGUGGUGUGGUAUAAACUGGAACAUGAGUGUCCCUAAAAUAGUCACUUACAAAGGCCAAGAAACCACAGCCUAGAAAAGAAUCCUACAUUGCUAAGGGGCAGAAGUCUGGACUAGAUAGGAAGUAGUAGGCCUGAUCCAACUGCAGAGGCUCUUGCUACUGAGUUGGGCCAGUUGUUUUAGGCAUUAUUCCUUGUGAUUGACCUAUCCAGGGAACGGCUGUAAACAGGGCAUGCUCUUUUUUCCCUCUGUGUCUUACUUGUGAGUCUGCUUCGUUGAAACAGCACCAUGUGCUCUAAUAGUCUUGCACUGCUGCCCUGUCUCUAAUGUAUAGAAUCUGCAUAGGAGGGAGCCUGUGAUCCAACUCAGGUCAGCAGUUCUUGGUUGGCUCCUGCUCUGCCAAACCAAGGUGGAGUCUGUCUUUAUGCAGCUGAGCUGUGCUCCUCGGGGGGUUCAGAAUGCUUGCUGGUCUCCUUAACAGAUGUUUGUUCAUAUCACAACCACUCUUCCUCAGGGUGGUGCCUAGACACUGUCUGCUCAGGAGAAAACCAGCUUAGGCCAAGAAGGCAACUGAAUCUCCUAUACCUCUGCAGAGUAGUGUUUUCCCUCCAGCCUCCAGGUCAGGGCUGAGAUGGUGCUAGUGGGACUUGCAUAGUCCCUUCCAUGCACAUCAGUAUUUAUCCUGUUUCUGUUACUCUAUGGUGCAACAGAACCAUUUACAUUUUAUCACUGAUACUGCACAGAACUAUCCAAGAAAUGAAGGACUUUCUUUAUGGACUGCUUCAAGUGUGUCUUUUUUUGUAAUUAACCAGUUGUGGGUCUGUUUUUCUAUAGUCAACACAGAACCUGUAUCUAGAUUUAGUUUUAACUGCACUUGUAUCAUAUCAGUAUUUCCUCCUCCUUUCACAUGAGAAAAUAAAAGUUCCUAUCUGCACAUCUCUUGCCUUGUGCAGAGAACAAAAUGAAAA